AUGGCAACCAACUGGCAGCCGUCUUUCGGCCUGCCCUUUCCUCCAUUUCCUCCGCCUCAGCCGACCCCGCAACAACAACCGCAGGCUCAGCCAGAUGCUCAGAGCGGCCCUUCCGACGCGUACCCGCCGCCGCCACCCGCGAGCACCUUUGUGCCGCCGCCGGCGUGGAAUAUACCUGGUUUGAACAUCCAGGCGCAUAAUCAGAACGCCCAACAACCCCAAUUCCCAUCUGCAUGGCCACCGAAUUUCCCCAUGCCGGACCAGCUUGCCCAGUGGAACCAGAUGCAGAUGGACAUGCAGCAGCUGCCUUUCAUGAUGAUGCAAAAUGCACCACCGAUUCCUGGUCUCGCUCUUGCUUCGAAUCCGCCGCCCCAGUCACCCUUCCAAAGUGCCACACCCACACAUCCUUUCCCCACACUGCCGCCGAAUCAUCUGUUCCCCGCGCCCGCACAAAUGUAUCUCGUUCCGCAGUCGGUCCAGAACGACCGCAUUACCGAUAUGACGGAAAGUGACAAGGAAGAAGGAGAAGUCAGCGAAGGGUCCCGGUCUCCAGCAGUCAACGGCCGCACCUACCCAGAUCCUCCGCGAUCAGUUCCGCUGAACUCUUCUCGCUCUUCGAACAACCCUCAGGCUAUUCAGCAAGAGGUCUAUAACCCGGACCAGCCUGCGGCAGGCCAGACAAGCGAGGCUGCGUUGCGAACCAGAACCGCAGCACCGGCUAAGACUACUGCAGACAACAUCUCGCAGCAACGGAGCGACGCGAAGGCAUUCAUCAAGCUACUCCAGAACAACAACAUAGGCUAUCACGCGCUUGCUGCCGAGGCUUUAGAUGCGAGCUCUUUACGAGACCUUUACCGAAGCUUGAAUCUACCGUCAGAACCUGAGCCCAUGCCAUCCCCUCCCAAGGUCAAUGGCAACGCACAGACUUUCCCGAGCAAUGGUGACAACGUUGGGUCACGAACAUCGCCACCAACUACUAGCUCAAAGCCAGUAACUGCAGUCAAUACCAGUGUUCCACCAACCAAGUCAGCCCCGUCGCCAGCGAACCGUAAAGAGUACCUCGCUCAACUACAAGCAGCGAAGAAAGCUCGACAACAAGGAGGAGCGAAACUUACUCCACCUCAGAAUACCCCGCCACCGGCACCGGCUGCUUCGAAAGCCGUAUCUGCGCCCCAAGUUGCAGGAACCGGCGAGAACGGGCAACUCACAGAAGCAGAGAAGAAAGCAAAGACUACUGAGCUGAUAAGACGGCGUAUCGAGGCUUUGAAGAAGAACUCAUCUUCUCCUGCAGGCGCUGCAUCGUCCAAGAUUACAGCUACCGGUUCCACCACUGCUACUUCCUCUGGUCCUCUUCCUGCGACUGUCAAUACAUUGCCGCCCACCGUUAACGAUUUUCAAUCCCGAGCUGUUCCUCCCUCGCCUUUCGGAAAUAUUCCUGGACUGUUUAUGAAUUCUUCCCCAGUUGUGCAACCCAGUCAGCCACCCGUCACUCCUGGAUCCAGCAAACGAAAGCGGUCGGUCCCCUCGAACAAUUCACCGCUUCAAGGGAAUGAACAAAAUGCUCACGGAAUGCAAUUUGACGAUAGACAAGACGUAGUUGCAAUUCCUCCGACCCAGGUCAUAAGUCCCUCACCCUUACAGAAUGGUUUGCAAGGUGUUCGAGCUAUGCCAGCGCUACCUGGGUUUCCAUUACGGCCUGCAUCUGUGAACCCACCGGUAUCAGCUUUGAGCACUCCAGGACCUCAAACUCCAUCCAGCUCCACUCGGAGCCAAGAGAUGGAUGAUAAGGCGAGGAAACAGGCUGCCCUCAAAGAGCGUUUGCAGAAGAAGAUAGAAGAGCAAAAGCGACAAGCAGAGCAAAAUCGACUCGCGAGCGCGCAAAGUUCUCCGAAGCCACUGCCACAACAGUCUCCGUCACUGCCUAAACUUAGUGUGGGCCGAGGAACGUCCAGGGAACCGAAGAAGCGACGUAAAGUGGACAUUGAGGCGGAACAGUCCGCCUUGGAUAUCGACAUUGCAGCGAAUGCUGCCAAAUUGGCACAGAUUACGAAGGAGUUUGAGUUACUCACUGCGAAUGACAGGAAGAUGCGAUAUGACAAAGAACGGCUUCAGGCAGAAUUAGAGAGCCUUGGUAUCGAUACGGAGGGCAUGCCACAUGCAGAGCUCCAAGCGAAAAAGGACGAGAUUGAGCGUGAGCAGGGCAUGGCUCUCAGAACGCUGGCGGCGUCCACCAACAUCCCCGCCACAUCACCUACGAUGAAGCAAUUAGCUGGAGCAACUGUGCCCGCACCAGCGGCAACGGUCCUUAAAUCCGGAGGCGUCACCCAAGCCUUGUCGCAACCGCCCGAGGUGUCUCAGCCUGUCAUCCAAACAGGCAUUCCUGGACUCAAUGCGCCAUUUCCUUUGGCAUCAUCGCCACCGACUAUUGCAAAGCCCCACGGUGCGAUCAAACAGCAAACUUCACUGCCUCAUAGUACACGGGAUCAAGCUGAUCGACCAGAAAAGUCCAUACCAUCAAAACCUCCGGUGAUUGCAUCCGUGCAUGAUGCGGUCUCUAAUGACCUGAGUAAGCCAGCAACACCGCUUGACGACGAGGAAGACUUCUAUUCCCCUGAGCCCGCCGCCGUCAUUCCAGCCGGCGACCAAAUUGAACCUGCUCCCACAUCAUCAGCACGUGCCAAGUCUCCUUCCGAAGAGGGCGAAAUGGCCAUGUCAGAGUCCGAUGAGGAAGACUAUGAGCCUGAAGAAGCUCAGGAACCACUGUCACACGACCAAGUCCCAAUUGAUAAAACUACGGAGCAGGACACGACCGUGGCGACCUCCCGGGCUCCAUCAUCAGCAUCACCUUCCGUGUACAUGCCUACGAAUGAAGACGAGGACCCGUACGAGCCUCCAGAUGUUGAUCAACCUAUGAUGCACAUUGAUCCUGGUCACGCAAGUGUGGAGCCUCAGCCAAAUGAUCAGCAGGGGGAGGUUGAAGAGGGAGAGAUGGACAUGUCCACUUCAUCUGGCGAUGACUCUGAUUCGGACACUUCAUCAGAGUCGUCUGCGGAGGAGCCCAAUGAACCAGCUCUCGCAUCUAGUAGCAAGAACCCGGGUUCCUCUGUGACUGUUGCUGACGAUCUCGCACCAGAAUUACAGCCUGAUGCCUCAGCAGUAGCACUGGUAUCACAGGACCCAACGGGUCCUUCGACAACCCAAGAAUCACAUGCAGAGGAAGUUGAAACUAACCCGCGAUCAUUUGUGCCAUAUGAAAGUCCUCUCAGACUGUUCAAGUCAUACCGUUACCAUCCCACCUUUGCGCAAGACAUCUCCAGCGGGUUUUUGUCGAUGACUUUUAGUCAUCAAAUUGACCCAGAGAAGCCGCUCUGUGAGACCGAGGCGUUGGGUUUUGAAUGCGUUGACGCAGGCUGCCCCAAACAGCAUUUUCGGGAUAUGAACAUUAGCGGUGAGAAGCUCUUAGUCCAGCUUGGAACUGCGAAUCCCGGAAAGACGCCUGAGGAGAGGCAGCGUUGGAAUGAUGGUCUGCGAGGCGUACUCAAGGACUUACGGCAGAAGAACACGAAAGACCCGAAUGGCAUUGCCAUAGAGAUUGCCAACUAUCGUCGCCAGUUUCUCCAGGACGAUACCAGAGUGGUCAACCUAUGA